AUGGAGUACCGAAAGCCGCUCGCAUCGCCGGAUUUGCGGACCAAGAUUCAGCCUCGAUUGAUCAUCCACGGGGGCGCGGGGAAUAUCCGGCGUGAGAACUACCCCUCUGAGAAAUAUGCCGCUUACAGGAGCGCUCUUCUUGCGAUUGUUUCCAGCACACAAGAUUACAUGAGCUCGUCUUCACAUAAGACGAACCAGUAUUCGCCAUAUGAGAAACAAUCCGCAACACAAGAAAAAGAAAAUCCACCUCAUCAUGGCCCUUCGGCCCUAGAAAUCGCCACCCACGCCGUCGCCCAGCUCGAAGACAACCCCCUCUUCAACAGCGGCUACGGCGCCGUCUUCACCCGCGAUGGCAUCAACGAGCUCGAAGCCUCCGUGAUGGUCUCGCGGGGCUUCAAGAAGCGCGGCGUGGGAGUCAUGGGCCUGCGGCGGGUGCGCAACCCGAUCCUGCUGGCGAAGAAGAUGCUCGAGCACGGUGAGGACGAUCUCGCGCCGUCGUCGUCGUCACAUGCUUCUUCUUCUCUUUUGCUGGACGUGGAUGUGCCCUCUGCGCAGGGACAUACGCAGCUUCAUGGCGAGACGGCCGAGAGGCUCGCUGAGCGGUACGGCCUUGAGAUGGUGGAUCCGGAGUACUUCUUUACGCAGCCGCGCUGGGACGAGCAUGUUCGUGCGCUGGAGAGGGAGAAACGCGGGCUUGGCUUGGGGACGUGGCAUGCGGAGGAGUAUCUCCCGCAGGGGACUUGCGGAGCUGUUGCGUUGGAUGCGGAGGGCGUCAUCUGUGCGGCCACGAGCACGGGUGGUAUGACGAACAAGCUCACGGGGCGUAUUGGCGAUACUCCCGUCGUGGGAGCUGGAUUCUGGGCUGAAGAGUGGGAUGAUGACGCCGAGGGGCCAUCGAUGUGGGAGAGCCUCACAAGUCAAGCUCAGAGGGCACAGCCGGGACUUAGUUUUGCUGGGCCGUUGAAGGGCUUGCUGGCAGAUUGCUUUCCCACUCCGUGGAUGUACUCGCCCGUCCAAUUAGACGAUGGAGAAACGCAACGCCUCAGUUUGACAAGCUCCACGACGUCGAGUCGGUCCAUCGGCGUAUCGGGAACAGGCAACGGCGACUCCUUCCUGCGCGUCAAUGCCGUCCGCACCGUCGCCGCCAUUGCGAGAUACAAGCCAUUAGCCGGCAGCAAGGCGCUGUCCCGAGUGGUCGGUCCAGGAGGCGAGCUGCAGAAGAGCGCGGGCGAUCGCUGGACGCGCACGGGCGAAGGAGAGGGCGGCAUGAUUGGCAUCGAGUGCACGCUGGUGCGAGACGAAGAUGGGAAUGCAGUGGGCGUUCGGUCGGAGCUGCUGAUGGAUUAUAACUGCGGCGGUAUGUGGCGUGCAUGGGUUGAUGAUGGAGGCAAGGCGGUGAUGAGCGCUUGGUCGAAUGGAUCUGCAGAUGAGCUGUGA